AUGACGACGAACAAACAAGUGGAAACACCAUCACCAAUAUCCUCCUCAUCUUUUUUUCUCCUGCUGCUUUUAUUGUGUCUCUGCUUCUCGGGCUCAAUUAGGGCCCGAAAUCUGCAGCAGACCGAUAAUAGUGGUGAAGCCGGCACCUUAUUAGCCUUCAAGCAGUCCUCAAUCCAGUCCGACCCGAACCGGUUCCUGGCCGGGUGGGCCCCAACUUCCUCCGACGCGCUCUGCUCCUGGAACGGAGUCACGUGCAACGACCAAGGCCGGGUCGGAAAACUCGAUCUCCGGAAUGUGGGCCUAACGGGCCGCCUCCAGUUAACCGACCUAAUGCCGUUAACCGGCCUCACCACCCUCCUUUUCGCCGGCAACUCCUUCUCCGGUAACCUCACCUCACCUUCUAAUAAUAAAUUCGCCUGCAGUUUCCAGUUUGUCGACCUAUCAUUCAACGCAUUUUCCGAGCCCCUUGCCGCGAAUUACACUUUCACCCCGUGCCAAGAUCUCGUUUAUUUGAACCUCUCCCACAACUCGAUCCCCGGAGGAAGCCUCGUGUUCGGGCCCUCUCUCUCCCAGCUUGAUUUGUCAGCCAACCAGAUUUCGGAUUUGGGCCUCGCGGGCUCGAUCCUCUCCGGCUGCCAGAACUUGAACCUGCUCGACCUCUCGGGGAACAGGCUGUCCGGGCCGCUGCCGGGCUCCAUCUCGUCCUGCUCCAGGCUCACCACCCUCGACCUUUCCAAUAACCACUUCUCGGGGGAUUUACCGGCGGGCUUUGUAACUGGUCCGGUGCCUUCGCUUGACUACCUCGACCUCUCCGGCAACAACUUGACUGGGGAUUUCCGGAAUUUCGAUUUCGGUUUAUGUGGGAAACUUACGUUGCUCAAUUUAUCCCAAAAUAGUCUCUCGAGUCUGCCGGCCAGCGUUGCCAACAGUGACAGCCUCGAGAGCCUGGACCUGAGCCACAACCUGAUCCGGCACAUGAUUCCGGGGAAGAUUUUGGGGAAAAUGAAGGGUUUGAAGAAAUUGAGUUUGGCCAACAAUCAGUUUUUCGGGGAGAUUCCAGAUGAAUUGAGUAGCGUCUGCCGGACGCUGGAGGAGCUCGAUCUUUCUAGUAACCAAUUGAUCGGCGGGCUUCCUUCUGGAUUCGUGGCGUGUUCGUCAUUGUACAGUUUGAACCUAGGCAGCAAUCAGCUUUCAGGGGAUUUUCUGAACACGGUCGUGAGCUCUCUCAAGAGCCUUCAGUACCUCUACCUCAAGUUCAAUAAUAUCACUGGCCGUGUCCCGAUUUCCUUGACUAACUGCACUCAGCUUCGGGUAUUAGACCUCAGCUCGAAUAGCCUGAUGGGCAAUGUGCCUUCUGAGUUUUGUUCGGGUACACCGAAUCCGCCUCUCGAGAAACUGUUGCUGGCCGAUAACUACCUCACGGGCUCUGUCCCGUCAGAGCUCAAGCUUUGCAAAAGCCUCAGAUCAAUCGACCUCAGCUUCAACUCAUUGGAAGGCCCAAUCCCGGCCAAGAUCUGGAGCUUGCCCCAGCUCUCGGAUGUUGUCAUGUGGGCGAAUAAUCUGACGGGUGAAAUUCCAGAGGGCAUUUGCGUCAAAGGCGGCAACCUCCAGAUGCUGAUCCUAAACAACAAUGCCCUAACCGGAAGCAUCCCAAAGUCAAUAGUCAACUGCACCAACCUCAUUUGGAUCACCCUCGCCAGCAACCGCAUUUCCGGCGAGAUCCCGGCCGGAAUCAACAACCUCCAACGCCUGGCUAUACUCCAGCUGGGGAACAACUCCUUGAGCGGGCCCAUCCCGCCAGGUAUUGGCCAGUGCAAGGGCCUCAUAUGGGUGGACCUCAACAGCAACGAGCUCAGCGGCCCAGUCCCCGGCGAGCUGGCGGCGCAGACGGGCCUCAUAAGUCCCGGCAGCGUGACCGGGCGGCAGUUUGCAUUCGUCAGGAACGAAGGCGGGACCCAGUGCAGGGGCGCGGGUGGGCUCGUCGAGUUCGAGGGGAUCAGCAAGAACAGGCUGGCGGCAUUCUUCCCCAUGGUCCACUCGUGUUCAAUCACAAGAAUCUACUCGGGUACGGCCGUGUACACGUUCGCGGCCAACGGCAGCCUCAUUUAUCUCGAUCUCUCCUACAAUCGCCUCUCGGGGAACAUACCCGACGCUCUCGGCACAAUGCCUUACCUGCAAGUCCUCAACCUCGGCCACAACCAACUAACGGGCGAAAUCCCAUUCUCGUUGGGUGGCCUGAAGACCGUCGGUGUCCUUGACCUGUCGCAUAACGGGCUUCACGGGCCUAUCCCGGGCUCCCUCGUCGGGCUAUCCUUCCUCAGCGAUUUCGAUGUCUCCAACAAUAACUUGUCCGGGACAAUCCCUGCCGGGGGACAGCUCACGACUUUCCCAACCUCGAGAUACGAAAACAACACCGGCCUCUGUGGGGUCCCGUUGCCGCCCUGCGGGCCGGGCUUCGCCCACCGCGCCUCGGGACCGUCCCGGAAAAAGAAAAAAACGAGCGUGGCAGUCGGGAUGGUGGUCGGGGUCACGCUCUCCGUCACCAGCAUACUGCUGCUACUCUACGCGCUCUUGCGCGCCAGAAAGAGCCGCAAGACGGACGAGAAGCGUGAGAUGUACAUCGAGAGCCUCCCGACCUCCAGCAGCAGCACGUGGAAAUUAUCCGGCGUGCUCGAGCCGCUCAGCAUAAACGUGGCCGCGUUCGAGAAGCCGCUCAGGAAGCUGACGUUUGCGCACCUGCUCGAGGCGACGAACGGGUUCAGCGCCGACACGUUAAUUGGGUCGGGCGGGUUCGGCGACGUGUACAAGGCCCAGCUGAAAGACGGCAGCGUAGUCGCAAUCAAGAAACUGAUCCACGUUACGGGUCAAGGGGAUCGCGAGUUCAUGGCCGAAAUGGAAACCAUCGGGAAAAUCAAGCACCGAAACCUCGUGCCUUUACUGGGAUACUGCAGAGUCGGCGAAGAGAGGCUGCUGGUGUACGAGUACAUGAAGUACGGGAGCUUGGAUUCAGUGCUUCACGACCGCGAGGGAGUCGGUGGGACUCGGCUCGACUGGCCCACGCGGAAGAAAAUCGCGGUUGGGUCGGCCCGCGGGCUGGCCUUCCUCCACCACAGCUGCAUACCGCAUAUUAUCCACCGGGACAUGAAGUCGAGCAAUGUGCUUCUGGACGAGAAUCUCGAGGCUCGGGUGUCGGAUUUCGGGAUGGCUCGACUGGUGAGCGCGCUCGACACGCACCUGAGCGUGAGCAGCCUGGCGGGGACGCCGGGUUAUGUGCCGCCGGAGUAUUACCAGAGCUUCCGGUGCACGGCAAAGGGGGACGUGUACAGCUAUGGCGUGGUGUUGCUGGAGCUGUUGUCGGGUAAGAAACCGAUAGACACGGCGGAGUUUGGGGAUGAUAAUAAUCUGGUUGGGUGGGCGAAGCAGUUGCAUAGGGAGAGGAGGAGUCACGAGAUUUUGGAUCCCGAGUUGAUGACCAAUUUGUCGGGAGAUGCGGAGCUGUACCAGUAUCUGAGGAUUGCGUUUCAGUGCCUUGAGGACAAGCCGUUUAGGAGGCCGACCAUGAUUCAGGUGAUGGCUAAGUUUAAGGAGCUGCAGUCGGAUUUGGAGGGGGAUGUUUCUGAGAAGAAUUCAGCCUUUGACGAGACGCAAGAAAGAGAUCAGAGUUAG